AACACGGAUGUGUUAGGAGGGGGAUGGUUUAAGUGAAUUCACUACAGCUGGAGAGGGUGCUAGCUAUUGCUGCUGGAUCGGUGUCUGUCUUCACUUUAUGAAAGAGGUAUUCCUUAAAAUCUAUCAACAAGAGCCUAGAAAAAUAAUUGCCCUUUUCUUGAUCAAGAAAAGAAAAGUAUGGACUUCAGAGGUGGCCAGUUCAUUAUAGCUCAACUUCAAACUGCAGAGAAAUUAAAAGUACUGGGGAACACCUUCUAUAAAAAUGGUCACUAUAUAAAAGCCUGCCAGACGUAUGAUGAUGCAAUUGGUUUUCUUUCACAGAUUGUACAUUUAGGAAACUUUCAGAAAGAAUUGGCAAUUCUGUGGUGCAACCGGGCCAAUGCCUUAUUCAAACUAGAAAAAUGGGACGAAGCAUUGAUAUCAGCCACUCGCAGCAUUAGAUUGAAUCAUCGGAAUAUCAAGGCUUAUUAUCGAUCUGGCAUUUCCUUUAUAAAGUUGCAUGAUACUCACAGUGCUUUAAUGAUGUUCUCCAGUGGACUUAGUAUGCUGUCUGGUAGCUCAGAAAUAGAAGAUAUAGCAGAAUUCUUAAACGGCAUAUUCAUGGCAUUUGAAGAGUUAGAAUUUGACCCCAUGUUCUUGAGAAUAUUUGAAAGAAUUCUAAAAGAGAGCUACAGCAAGCAAAUCUGGAAGGUGCUAAUUGAAAGACUGGUUAAUAAAAAGAUGUUUAAGUCAUGUCUGUUUCUCAUGGAAAGGCAGGAAAAGUUGCCAAAGGAUAUCUGUGAUUUGCACGUGUCACUGAAGGCUAUAUUUGAGACAUAUGCGAAUUCUACUUGGUGCAGGAAUACAAAACCAAUAACAGACCUUGUGUGGUGGCUGAUAACGAUGGGAGCUAAUGUUGAAUGCACUGAUUAUCCUUUACAUGUCAUCAUUAAUCUGUGCAUAAAAUCAGAUGACAGCAGCCUCUUCAAGCAGGUUUUGAAGAAUAAACCAUCUUUAAGAGAAAAAAUCAAUCAGAAAGAUAAGGACGGAAAAACGUUGCUGCAUAUAGUAGCUUCUUCUUAUACAUCUCACUCAGGGUAUACAGUGAAGCGUCAGACACAAGACAUAAAGAUGCUAUUGGAUUAUGGAAGUGACCCAUCUAUUCCAGAUGAACAGAAAAAUUAUGUUUCUGACAUAUUGAAGAGAAGUAAAAACUUUAAAGCUGAGUCCAUAAUAAAAAAGGAAAUGGAAAACCUGGCCUGUCAUUCAUUUAAGACCAAAGAACUAGAAGCAACACUUUCAGAGAAGCAUGAACUACCAACUCAGGAAGAAAAAUCCCUUUCAUUUGUCAGUGCCUUGGAACAAUUUAUAUCUUUUUGCAAGCAGGAGAGUGUACCAACACUUAACUUCUUAAAGCACAAAAAAGUUAGGGGUUUUUUGCAUAUUCUCUCCACCAUAAAAGAUAUCCCACCUGGCCUGGAUUGUGAUAUCCCAGAGUAUGUUGUGCAAGAACUAAUCACACAGCUGAUAAUGCAACAGAGGUGGCAAGAAGUACUGUUACUAUUAACUGGAACUGUCAGUGGAACAUCAGCAGGGGACAACAGAGGACUUUUGAAAAUGUGCCCACUCCCUGACAUCAACAUUGGCCACGUGGUACAUCAUCUCAGUCCCAAAUCAGAAGCUCGUCUGCCUCUAGUCAAAUUGUUAUUAGACCAAGGAGUCCCUCCAGAUGGAGUUGGAGCACUCUGUGAACCACCAAUAUGUACUUGUCUAAAGAAAAAUGACUUUACACUGGCUUACCUAUUGUUAAAGGCAGGUGUAAAUCCACAGAGUAUCACCCUGAAACAAGGGGAUACCCCACUGCAUGCUGCAGCUUACAUAGCCUUGUGCUUAAAAGUUGACUGUGGUAUCAUGAUAAUGAAGCAUCUGCUUGAAUUAUACUCCUCUAAACCCUCAGAGUAUCCUUAUUUAAACCCCAACAUCCAAGAUUGCAAUGGGGACACAGUAAUGCACAUGGUUUUCCAGAGUCCAUAUCAAAAACAGUAUCGGGCAGUAAUGGAGCUGCUUUCAAAGUUUGAUAUAAAACUUACACUAAAAAAUAAAUUGGGCAAGGAUGCCAAACACAGGAUAAAGAAUACAGAUGCCCAUUACAUUGCAUGGAAUGAAGCUAAUAAGAAAAAAAAGCAUGAUCCACCUUCCACUUCUUCAAAACCUAAAAAGACUAUUUCAAAUGGGAAUAAGACACACACAAAUUUGCAAACAAAGACAUCUUUACCUUCUGUGGAAGAUUCUGAUUAUUCAAAUGUAGAGGCAGAUAUAAAUAUUAACAAGCAUGUUUUAUUAAAUCCCCCAGAAUUAAAUAUGGUAAACACAACCAAACCAACAACUGCCAAAGACAUUCUUGUUCAAGUCAUCCAAGAUUUAAUAAAAGCUAUGGAUUUUACAAGGGCUCCCACAGAGUCUAGAAUUCACAUGCCCUCUGUUACAUCAGCAACAAAGGACAAUCAUUUGAUUUCUGUGUGUUCAAGUGAUACCCAGUCACAAAGUGAAGAUUUUUCUGAAGUAGGGCAGACAGUAGAUGAUGUGACUGAGUUUGAUGAUAAUGAACAUUCUGCUGUUGGUUGUAAUGAAUGUGAAACUGAUUUGCUAGAGGAAGACUUAGAUAUUUCAAAGACUGACUUUGGUAAUAUGACAUGGGAAAUUGAAUGUGCGCCAGAAGCACUGAAAAAAUUAGGGAGCAAAGCUGUACCACAGUAUAUGAAGAAUAAAAUAAUAUUCUCUAUCCAGAAGCUUGGAAAUGGGGAAUGGACGCGUAGCCUUCACAAACAGCUGAAGUACUUAAAGUGUGACAUUAAGCUCUUUGAAGUAAAACUGGACAAAGGCGCAAGGAUGCUCUGGGAACUUGCAAUUGAUUUUUCACCACGUUGCAGUGAAAAGCCUGAAACACUUAUAGAGGAUGAAUCAUCUUCUCAUGCCUCCAAUAAAACAGGAAGAGUUUACACAGAAAUGAUAAGGAUAUGGGACAUUGUUCUUGAUCAUUGCAAGCUCAGUAGUGCUAUUGAUGUCAUAUGUCAUGCUUACAAUCGAGGAUUAACUUGCAUAUUAAGAAAGAAACUUAAAGGCAUCACUAAACCUCAGUUUUUCUCAAAUGUAGAAAAGCGUGUUCCGCUUUGCUUUGUUGAAGACAUUGAACUGGAAAGUAAUAUGGUUCAUGUCUUACCAAAUUAUUUUCCUCCAGCAAGUGCUUCAGAAACAGAAUACAGCAUAAUGAAAUUUCAUAGUUUCAGUACAGACAUGGCACUCAAUAUUUUAAACAAUAUUAGUACUAGAGUUGAAUAUCCCUUUCGUGUUGGUGAAUUAGAAUAUGCAGUUAUUGACCUUAAUCCAAAGCCUAUGGAAGCAAUAAUAUUAAUUGGGCGAAGUGGAACAGGCAAAACAACUUGCUGUUUGUAUCGCCUUUGGAAGAAGUUCCAUUCUUAUUGGGAAAAAGCAGAAUUAAUUGGUGGCCCCUGGCUUGUGAAACAAACAUGGCAGAGGAGACAUUUUGAAGAAAAUGUGGAAAAAAGUGACACAGAAGAUGAAGACACUACUGAUGAAACAGAUAGCACAGAGGAAGAACAGAUCUCAUUGGAGCUAGAUUUGCUCAAUGCUGAAGAACAAUUAUCUGAAUCUGAAGAUAGAGAAGAAGAUCCUUGCAAAUUAGAACACUACCAUCCAGUUUUUAUUACCAAAAACCAUGUGCUUUGUCAGGAAGUUCAAAGAAAUUUUUGUGAGCUAAGUAAGUCUACACAAGCAACAAAUCAUUACAAACCAGCUGAAUCAAAUGUUUACAGGCUGCAAGACCUAAAGGAUGACUGCUUCCCCAUGUUUGUCACCUCUCAACAAUUUUUGUUAUUAUUAGAUGCUUCAAUGCCUGAUCCAUUUUUCCCCAGAAACGAAGAUGGAAGUAUAAAAAGGAGCAUCAUUGGCUGGUCUUCUUCAGAUGAAAUUGAUAUUCCAGAUUUGAUGAGAGACUAUGAUGGAGAUGAUGGUGAACUAGAUAAUGACAAAGAGGAAACCGUUUGUGAACUGAAAGAGAGUGACCCUCGUGUGUUUGUGACCUUUGAAUUAUUUGCCAGUGAACUGUGGCCACAAAUGGUAAAGGGAAAAUCAUGUUAUAAUGCAGCCUUAGUAUGGAAAGAAAUAAAGUCAUUUUUAAAAGGGUCUUUUGAAGCGCUUAACUGUCAUCAGGGGAAACUCACAGAGGAUGAGUACUAUAAACUAGGCAAGAAAAGAGCCCCCAACUUUCAAGAAGAUCGCAAAGAAAUAUAUCGCCUUUUUUCCAUAUAUGAGCAAAUAAAGUCAAAAAAAGGGUACUUUGAUGAAGAGGAUGUUUUAUACCAUUUAUCUUGCCAGUUAUCAAAACUUGAAGAGCUACCAUGGUCCAUUCAUGAGCUCUAUGGAGAUGAGAUUCAAGACUUUACACAAGCAGAGCUCUCCUUGCUGAUGAGAUGCAUUAAUGACCCCAAUUCAAUGUUUCUUACUGGAGAUACAGCACAGAGCAUAAUGAAGGGGGUGUCAUUCCGUUUCAGUGACCUAAGGUCCUUGUUCUAUUAUGCAAACAAGAAUGCAAAAAAUGACGGAAAAAAAUGUGUUGUUAGAAAACCAAAACGGAUCUAUCAGCUAUAUCAAAAUUAUAGAUCCCAUUCUGGGAUUCUCCACCUUGCUUCUGGUGUUGUUGAUUUGCUGCAGUAUUUCUUCCCUGAAUCAUUUGAUCGACUUCCACGUGAUUGUGGCUUGUUUGAUGGCCCAAAACCAACUGUUCUGGAGUCCUGCAGUGUCAGUGACCUGGCUAUAUUAUUGCGUGGCAACAAGAGAAAAGCACAGCCAAUAGAAUUUGGAGCUCAUCAGGUGAUUUUGGUUAAAAAUGAAAGUGCCAAAGAGAGGAUCCCAGAAGAACUGAGUUUGGCUUUGGUUCUAACAAUUUAUGAAGCUAAAGGUUUGGAAUUUGAUGAUGUUCUCCUGUAUAACUUCUUCACUGAUUCAGAGGCUUUCAAGGAAUGGAGAAUCAUUUCAACCUUUAGUCCAGAAUCUCAUUCAAAUGUUGAAAGCCAGCCGCUAAUUGAAAUUUCUAUGGAUAAAGUAUGUAUGCCUGUUAAUAGGCAGUUAACAAUGAAUCCAGAACUACAUAAGAUGCUGAAUGUUGAACUGAAGCAGUUGUAUACAGCUGUCACCAGAGCUCGGGUUAACCUAUGGAUAUUUGAUGAGAGUCAGGAAAAACGUGCUCCAGCAUUUGGAUAUUUUAUCAAGGGGGACUUUGUCAAAGUAGUACGAACAGAUGAAAACAAAGAUCUUGAUGACAACAUGUUUGUGAGAACAUCUACUAAAGAGGAAUGGAUUUCCAGAGGAGACUAUUAUGCCAGCCACAAAUGCUGGAAAGUUGCUGCUAAGUGUUACCAGAAGGGAGAGGCAACUGAGAAGGAGAAAUUGGCUUUUGCCCAUAAUGCUGUUUUACAUUUGCCAGAAAAAAAAGCUAGUUCCAGGGAAAAGCAAAUGGAGUAUUUACGGCUUGCAAAAACAUACAUGGAAUGCAGAGAACCAAAACUAGCUGUCAAAUGUCUAGCAUUUGCUAAAGAAUUUCACCUUUGUGGAGAACUCUGUAGAAAGCUUGAAAAGAAUAAAGAUGCUGCAUACUUCUUUAAAAUGAUUCAGAACAAUGCAGUUGCUGCUCAGUGCUUUGAAGAGGCUGGGGAAUUGGAGAUGGCAUUAAACCUAUACAGCCAAGAGAAGAUGUAUGAAGAAGCAGCUCUUGUGAUUGAAAGGCACAAGAAAAGAAACCCAAAUGUACAUCUACCAUUUACAGCAAAACGUUACUAUUUGGAAGCUGCUGCUAAUUUAUUAAGCAAUAACAAACUCAAGAAGAUGAAUGAAAUUUUGGCAAAUCUUGAUGUUGAAGAUCAGUUGAUCUUCCUGAAGAAGCACAAGAGAUGGAGUGAAGCUGCCAGUUUGCUUAAAAACCAUGGACGCUGUGAAGAAGCAGCACUUCUUAUGAGAGAUCAUGGAAAACUGUUAGAAGCAGCAGACCUAACAAUGAAUAAAGAAUUUCGGGCAUUAUGUCUGCUUGCUGCAGCAAAAUGUCAUAUAAAGGAUUGUGAUGGAAGUAACAAUAUAGGCACCAGGAUUGCUGAAGCUGUGCAGAUAUUUAAGGACAUACAAAACAAAAUAGGCGUUGCUGAGGCUACUCUUGUAGAGGGAAUUAUGACAAAUGAUUUUGGGAAGCUUCACUUUUCUUUUGAAAACUUUGUGACGCAGUCUCAUUGUGCAGGGGCUGUAGAAGCUCUUUUUGAAUGUAUGAAAUGUGAUGAGUUCAAUCAAAAGCUGCUCUCCAUGGCUGCUUCAGGAUUACAACGUCUGAUAACUCUUCUUAAAGCUCUAAAAGCAACAAAGACCAAUGCGGACAGGGAAAAUGUUAAAUCAUGCUUUGAAUUUUUUGGAGUUGUACACAAGGAGGGAGAUACCUGCAAAGUUCUGCAGCAUGAAGGAGCAAGAAUUCUCAAAGUUUUCACUGAAGAGAGCUUUCAUGUAAAAGACAGGAACCUCGAACUUGCUUAUGUGAAGUCUUUGUUAGAAAGGCAUUUUCUUAAAAGGCUGUGUGAUAUCUCAACAAAAGUACUUGAAAAUGUGUAUCCAGAAUCAGAUAUUUGUCCCAAAUUCAUUGUAGGCCUAGAUUGUACUGAUGAAAAUUGCCAAGACUUCCACAGGCCUGUUUUACAACACGAAUUUAAAAGAAUGUUAUUUUCUAAAAUAAAUUUAACAACUAUAAGUGGAUUGUUGUUUGAUGCAAGAAAUCUCUCAAAAGAAUAUUCCAAUGAGCUCCAAGAAAUUCUGGGUGCGGAUGUAUUUCGAUUCCCUCGUUCUCUUCUAAAUUUGUUUUUCCCUAAACAUUUUCAUCUCCGAAUCCUUUCAGAAAACAAAGGGGUGUGCAAAAUGUUUGAAGAUAUUUGGCGCAACUUUCCAAAACCUUGUAUUAACAUGCUCACUGAAUAUGGCAAGUCCCUUUUUUACCAAAAAGUUGAUAAAGAGAAGAGAGAGUCAACAGAUUUAUGGUUAGAAGCAAUGUGCAUUUUCUCUCUGUCUUCAUGUUACCCAGAUGAAUUAAAACGUUUACUUGAUGAGGAAGAGGUUAAAUUUAACAGGGAUUACAUGCGUCAAAGCAAAUAUAGACAUGAAACAAAAGAAGAUGGUAGGCGAUUAAAAAAUUUAGGGAUGCUGAAACCUGAUGUCUCUAGUGGCUCCUUAAAAGAUAGUCACAUUCACUUUUUUCGCCUUUUUCAAAGUUCAUUGGAUAACCUAUACGUCUUAAAAAAUCCAGAAACUUGCAAAACUUAUUUUUUCAGAUUUCUAAAUUAUAUAGUCAAAAAGUCAAUUUGCCCGUUAAUUCCAAAUAUUGGAAACUCAGUUAUGCUGUUGGAAUUCCAGUUUACAUUCUGCUGUGUAGUUCUUAUGCGCCUUUCUCCUAGCACAAGGGUCCUGCUCCCAAAAAGUUACAUCUCUGUACUCCAUCAUUGGGAGUCCAUGUUUGGAAAGAAAGGAAAGUCUGUGGUGAAAGAUACAUAUUCUAUCUUGAUGGAAUACAAGCCGAGGAAUGAAGAUCAAGCUAUGAAAAUCUUCAAAUAUCACCUUGCUUACCUAGCUAAAGUUCUUUGUGGAGAGGAGGAGCAUAAUUUCAAUGUCCUUCUUGAUGCAUUUCGUGACAUUGACUGUAUUCGUUCCGGGGAAGCUGAGAGAACGUUAGUUCUCUGCUUAGUGAUGAUGGUGAAUGUUAAAGGAGUCAUGAAGCCAGAAACUGACAUUAUACUUAAAAAGAAUAUCCCUUUAAUUCAGCAAGAGCUGAAAAACCAAAAAGAAAAUUUUCCAUUAAAUGUACCAGAGAGGUUAAUUAAUUCAGUAAACAAUUUACCUCAUAAUGCAGCAGAGAUAGUUGAUUUCCUCCAGAAUCUGCUAAGUCAGAGGGAUGAGGAGCACUUAGUUGAAUGCUCCUGGAGGUGGGAUGCCAGCUAUUUUAAAGGAUCAGUACGUGGGAUUUUCUAUAAUGAUAAGUUCAAGUUUAAGGAAUUUGCUGAUGUCCAACAUAUAACACACAGCUUUCAGUCUCCAUAUUUUGAAGAACAAGAAUAUUUUCCAGAAGAAAGAGUUGAUAUUGUGGCAACCCUGGCAUCCCAGGUGCAACAGAAACAUUCUGCUAAGCAACAAUUUCACGAACUUAUGCUUUUUGUCUGCUUUUGUAUUAAGUGGAAAAGGGCUUCCCUUCAUGCAAAAAAAAGGAGAAUGGAAGAAUCCACUCCAGACCACUUCAAAGUAGCAGGCAUUGACUCAACCCAAUGUGAUAUAUGUGGAGUCAAAUUUUCUCUGUGUCCAAUAUCAUUUUCUGCUUCUACAGAAGAAUAUGAAGAAGAAGCAAUGUCAACAAUAACAAAUAAGGUAGAAAAAAAUGAUUACUUUGAAUCCCAGGUUGUACUUAAUAUGAGCGUGACGUAUGAAAGUCACAUUAAGCUAGAGAGUCACCGUCACCAAAUGGAAGCCUACAACAGCUACCUUCAGUUUUACAAAUUACAAGUGAACACAGUACUUUCUGAGGCAAAAUCCCUGGUGCAAAGCCUGAAGCAAAUGACUGAUGAUCAGUUGUUAUCGACAGAGUUAAAUCUAGAGCAAACAAAGAUUAAAAACAAAAUGAAAGACGUUGUAGAUCAAAUGGAAGACAUAUAUGAGAGGAAAAAAUGGUCAGAAGCUGAAAUGUUAAUAGAGAGACCACUGCAAGCUUUAGCAACGACUCUUUCUGAAGCUCAGAGUGUCUUGAAUAAAGUAGAACAGCAUAUGGCAAAUCAAGAAGGUUUACAAAAGAAGGAUCUGUUUGAUCAUGAAAUAGACUAUGAUUUUGAAGAACUUUGGUCCAAAAAAACAAAGAGGUCCAAGAAGAAAGCAAAACGCCACUGAAGUAAAAAGCAAUUGUUUUGGUGUUGGGUUUAAUUUUUGUGUGUAUGAUUUAAAAUGUAAUGAAUAUAUAAGGAAAUGCUGUUAAGUUUAAGCAAAUAAUUUUUCACAAAUUGCCAAGCAGACUAACUGUUCUGUACUAAAUAUUACUUUAUGUUGCUACUAUACUUUUUUUUAUGGAGUAACUUAAAAUGCAUAUAGUUUUUUUUCUACACUUUGGCAGUUAUGGCACCACUUUUUAUAUAUACAUAUUUCCAUGAUAUAUCACACUUGUAUUUACACAAUUGACCAAAGUCUUUUCUAUGUUUAUCUUUCAUUAAACCCACAAAAACUGAA